UUUCUCCACAAUGGAAUUUGUUUAGAGUAAAGCUUAACUUAAAGUUUUACUUAAUAUUAGUUUUAUAAUUUUAACAGUUUAGUAAAAGGAUUUACUAUAUAUCGUUGUGAAAUUAAAACAAAAACAAGAAUUUGAACUUACAAGAUUUCUACGACUGCAACUAUUAAAAAUGUAUAUAUAUAUAAAUUUGGCGCAGGAAUAUGUCCUAAAGGAAUUCAAAGGAGAUAUGUUUAGAUCGUUCCAGUCCUUUGGAUAUUUCACUUAUGAAGUACGCUAAGGAUUCAAAUGUUGUUAUUUCCAAAUUUGAGCAGCACUACGAUUCUUUGCCGAAGGUAGCUAUCAGAAAGGUCAAGGGAAUGACUUCGGAAUUUCACAACUCAAAUACAAUGUCAGCGAUUCUUAAAGAAGUGACCACAUUUAUGCAACAGAAAAUAUGCCGAAAACAUAUAAAAUUUAGCAUAAGUGUAUAAGAGCAAAAUACAACUAUAAUAAUAAAUAAUAAGCAAUCAAACAGAAUUUCCUGAUGUGAUCCUAUGUAUGAAUGGAACACAUGUGCACAUUUCAGCACCUAAGAAAGAACUGCAACAUCUGUAUAUUAAUAUCUAUCUAUACCUCUGAAGUAAAUCAAAUUUUAGAAAUUGCUCAAAAAUAUAGUAUUAUUAAAAUAUUAGCUUCUGUUAUUCUUUUCCAGUCCUAUGUGGUGAACAGAAUCUGUUUAUUUCGGCUUCAAAGCCAUUCCAUAGUUUUGCAUUUUGUAAAUAGUAUUUAAAAAGUAACUCAUAAAAUCAUAUAUUAAUGUAAAUACAUUUUUUAUUUGUAUUUACAAUUUCUUCACCAUCUGAAUAUAUUAUAUAAAGCAGUACAAAACUACAAUCUAUAAUGAAGAAACUGGUCUUGAUCAGUAGCCUAUAUACCCAUCUAUGUUUAGAAUUAUAGUCUCUACUUUCUUUUUUGGAGGAUGGGAUCAUGUGUAGAAGUUCACGCAAGUGAGGAAAGUUUUUGAUUGUCAUUCACUUGGGAGUGGCCAGAAACGAUUAUUCUCCACAUGGUUCAAGCAGCUCACGACUUCCGGUUUUAGACCAAGUAUACUCUGGGUAGCCAACAGACAUCCGUUUGAAGGCGAGCUAAAGUGAGAAGGCGAAGCCCGCUUAUGCGGUUGUGCGUAGGGUUUGGGACCCACCACAUAAAAACACCCCCCAAUGACAAAUCUACGAAAGCCUCGGUUGAGACACCCCCCUUUUGAUGACGACCCCUGCAAACGUUUUAAGGAUAAUGAUAUAAGGGCAUGCACCUGGAAUGUCCGGACCCUUAAUUGGGAAGGUGCCUCUGCCCAGCUGGUUGAUGUCCUCAUACGACUCAAGGCUGACAUCACCGCCAUCCAAGAAGUGCGAUGGACGGGACAAGGGUGGAAGAAGGUGGGUCCUUGUGACAUCUACUACAGCGGCCAUAUAAAGGAGCGCAAAUUCGGUGUGGGAUUCGUGGUGGGAGAGAGACUCCGUCGUCGAGUCCUGGCAUUCACUCCGUUGGAUGAACGUCUAGCCACAAUCCGCAUCAAAGCGAGGUUCUUCAACAUAUCGCUGAUUUGCGCCUACGCCCCAACGGAAGAGAAGGACGAUGUGACCAAAGAUGCUUUCUAUGAGCGCCUAGAACGCACCUAUGAGCGCUGCCCCUGCCACGAUGUAAAAGUCGUGCUUGGCGAUUUUAACGCCAGGGUGGGUAAAGAAGGUGUCUUUGGCACAACAGCCUCCAUGACGAAACAUCGCCAAACGGCCUGAGGCUGAUCGACUUCGCUGGGGCCCGAAAUAUGGUCGUCUGUAGUACCAGAUUCCAGCAUAAGAAAAUACAUCAAGCUACUUGGCUGUCUCCUGAUCGAAACACGCGGAACCAAAUCGAUCACGUUGUGAUAGACGGAAGACAUGUCUCCUGUGUUUUAGACGUGCGUACGCUCCGAGGACCAAAUAUAGACUCGGACCAUUAUCUGGUCGCAGCGAAGAUACGCACCCGCCUCUGUGCAGCAAAGAAUGCCCGUCAACAAACACAAGGAAGGUUCGACGUCGAAAAGCUGCAAUCGCAACAGACAGCCACGAAAUACUCUACUCGACUUGCACUCCUGCUCUCUGAGAGCACUCAUCAGCAUCUCGGUAUAAGGGAACUGUGGAACGGCAUCUCAAACUCACUGCGUACCGCUGCAGCCGAAACAAUUGGUUUUCGGCAACGACAAAAAACAAGCUGGUACGAUGAGGAGUGCCGUCUCGCAGCGGAGAGAAAACAGACUGCCUACCCCGCAACGUUGCAAACGACCACAACACGUGCGGGAUGGGAUAGAUACCGAGAGCUGAAGAGGGAAGCGAGACGCAUCUGCAAACAAAAACAGAAAGAGGCCGAAAUGCGUGAGUACGAAGAGCUUGAGAAGCUGGCAGACAGAGGGAAUGCUCGAAAAUUUUAUGAAAAAAUGAAGCGACUUAACGAAGGUUUCAAGACCGGAGCAUCCUCAUGUAGAGACCAAGGUGGUAAUCUGGUAACCGAUGUCCAGGGCAUACUGGGAUUAUGGAGGGAACACUUCUCCGACCUGCUGAAUGGCAGUGAGAGUACAACACCAGGAGAUGGCGAACCCGAUCCCCCAAUCGAUGACGAUGGAACAGAUGUUCCAUUACCCGACCAUGAAGAAAUUCGAAUAGCAAUUACCUGCAGAAAGAACAACAAAGCAGCGGGGGCCGAUAGAUUACCGGCAGAACUAUUCAAAUACGGCGGCGAAGAACUGAUAAGGUGCAUGCAUCAGCUUCUUUGCAGAAUAUGGUCGGAAGAAAGCAUGCCUGACGAUUGGAAUCUCAGUGUGCUCUGCCCAAUCCAUAAAAAGGGAGAUCCCACAAUCUGCGCCAAUCAGUGUGGCUUUAGACCUGGAAAAUCGACAACUGACCAGAUAUUCACCAUGCGCCAAAUUUUGGAGAAGACCCGUGAAAAGAGGAUUGACACACACCACCUUUAUGUCGAUUUUAAAGCUGCUUUCGACAGCACGAAAAGGAGCUGCCUUUACGCCGCGAUGUCUCAAUUUGGUAUCCCCGCAAAACUAAUACGGCUGUGUAAGUUGACGUUGAGCAACACCAAAAGCUCCGGCAUGAUUGGGAAGGACCUCUCCGAGCCGUUCGAUACCAAACGAGGUUUCAGACAAGGUGACUCACUAUCGUGCGACUUCUUUAACCUGAUGCUGGAAAAAAUUAUAAGAGCUGCAGAGCUAAACCGAGAAGGUACAAUCUUCUAUAAGAGUGUACAGCUACUGGCGUACGCCGAUGAUAUCGAUAUCAUUGGAAACAACACCCGCGCCGUUAGUUCUGCUUUUUCCAGACUGGAUAAGGACGCGAAGCGUAUGGGUCUGGUGGUGAACGAGGACAAGACGAAAUAUCUCCUGUCGUCAAACAAACAGUCAGCGCAUUCGCGUCUUGGCUCUCAAGUCACUGUUGACACUCAUAACUUCGAGGUCGUAGAUAAUUUCGUAUACCUGGGAACCAGCAUCAACAACACGAACAAUGUCAGCCUCGAAAUCCAGCGCAGAAUAACUCUUGCCAACAGGUGCUACUUUGGACUAGUAGGCAAUUGAACAGUAAAGUCCUCUCUCGACGAACCAAAAUCAAGCUCUACAAGUCGCUUAUCAUUCCCGUCCUGCUCUACGGUGCAGAAGCUUGGACGAUGUCAACAUCAGAUGAGACGACACUAGGAGUUUUCGAGAGGAAAAUUUUGCGCAAGAUUUAUGGUCCUCAAAACAUUGGCAACGGCGAAUACCGCAGACGAUGGAACGAUGAGCUGUACGAGUUAUACGACGACAUUGACAUAGUUCAGCGAAUAAAAAGACAGCGGCUACGCUGGCUAGGUCAUGUUGUCCGAAUGGACGAAAACACUCCAGCCCUGAAAGUGUUCGAUGCAUGGAGGGACCAGGUGGAGAGCGACCUGGUUACACUUGGGAUCUCCAACUGGCGCCGAACUGCGGAGGAGAAAGAGAGGUGGCGCACUAUCGUCGAUUCGGCUAUAACCGGCUAAACGGUUGCAACGCCAAUCACAUACAUACAUACUUUCUUUCUGCUCGUAAUCAAGACUGCUUCGGUUUUCUGUCUCGCCAGCUGUAAUCUUGACGCAUCCAUCCAAUUUUUAAUCUUCUGCGACGUAGAAACACAAGCUCUUUGAAUCUGAUGUAGCUCUUUUGCUACGGUUGCCACAGCAAUGUCAUCAGCAUAUCCAAUUAUCUUCGCUUCUUUCAACAGAGGGAGACGCAAAAUUCCAUCAUACAGGAUAUUCCAUAACACCGGUCCCAGAACGGAGCCUUGUGGAACUCCACCCUCUACCGCAUAACUUUUGGUCCCUUCAUCUGUGUCGUAAAACAACAGUCUAUCGGACAAAUAGCUUCUUAUAUUUCUAAGUAAAUAUACCGGUGUUUCAAGAUUCACUAAGGCACAAAGGUGAUGAUUGCACAGUAUUUUUUGUUACCAUGCAUCCACCUAGUACCUUCAAUGGCCUUUUCUGCGAUUCCGGUCAGUGUUUGAUUGCGUCGGUGGUCGAGCGCUUUUUACGAAACCCGUAUGGGUUGCUAGACAAGCCAUCUUCCACUUCAUCAAGAUGCGCUUCGUUCACAGAUCAAUCGCUCCAAGAUUUUUCCAAUUGUGUCUAUCAUACAAAGUGGUCGAUAAGCGCUGGGGUCAUCAACCGUUUUGUUAGGCUUUUGCAAUAAGACUAUGCGUUGUUUUUUCCAUAUUUUUGAGAACACACCACCAGUCAAACAUUUUUCAAAAACUUUGAUGAAACUCUUUUGGGUUUUUCUUUAUUGCGAUCUUCAAAGCACGAUUUGGAAUUCCAUCCAGACCUGGUGCUUUAGCAUUUCCGAAACGCGCAGCAGCAUUUAUCAUUUCCGUUUCCGUAACAUUAGGUAUUGUUACUGGUUCUACCUCAUCGUUUGGUAGUAGCUCUUCUUCACACGUGUUCUGUGAAAUAAUGUUUCUACAACAUGUUUUAGUAGCGUUGGGCAGGUCAGUGCUUGUCCUUUAGGACCGCUAACCUUAGACAUGACCAACUUAUACGCUCCUCUCCAAGGAUUUUCAUCGAGUUUGUUACAGAGUUUUUUGAAACACGAUGCUUUACUUGCUUUUUUCAACAUUUUUCGUUUACUCUUGAAAUUUUCGCGGAGACUCUCAUGUUCUACCGUUCCUGCACCUCUUUGGUACUGUCGCCUCGCUUUAUUACUAUCUAUUCGAAAAUGAUGGAUCUCACUGUUCCAGCAGUAAGCUGGCUUACGCUUAAAGCUUUGUUUCUUUCUAAUCAUGGAUGCGUCACAGGCUCUGUAGAUAUGUUGGACUAGCAGCUUAGCCAUCUGAUUUAUGUCUCCUGAUUCGGGUAUGUCUUCAGUCAACAUGUGUUUGAACAAAUCUUCAUCAAUGGUGUCUUCUUUCCACCCUUAAGUUUUUACCUUCCUUACGCAUGUACUUAUUUUUUCGGUUAUUCAUCUAUAAUAAUAGCGUAAUGGUCACUAUGUGUGUACCUAUCACACACCUGCCACUCUGUCGUUUGAGCCAGUGAUUUGCUAGCGAAAGUUAUAUCUAUAAUAGAACCACGACCAUUCUUUUCAAAAGUGUUUCUGACACCUGUAUUUAGUAGGAUAAUAUCGAGUAGGCAGAAAGCUUUGAGUAAUGCCUGUCCUUGAUGGUUUGUGCUUCUACUUCCCCAUUCUAAGGAAGGGUUUAUUUGUCAGUGGAUUAUCUUGUAACGUUUUAUCACCACAGAUCCAAAUUGCUGCUUUUUUACUGUUAUCAGUGACCCACGUAUUAGAGAUCGGGUUUUAAUAUUGCUCACUUAUGAUUACUACAUCUAUUUUCUUUUCGUACACGGUUUGCGUUAGGAGUUCUUGUGCGGCUUCACAAUGAUUAAGAUUAAUUUUCAGUAUUUUCAUUUAUUUAGACGCUUCUAUAAAAAUUGGACAUCUUCGGCUGCCCAUUUGGUGGUUUGUAUUCAUUCUUCCUUUGCUUUUACAUAAAAGGCAGGAAGGUUCUUUAAGGCAAUCCUUCGCAUAGUGUCAAUUUUCACCACAUCUCAUGCAGCAUUUGCUUCUGUCUUCUGAGUUUGUGCAAGGUUUUUGCAACAUGUCCGAAUUCGGUGACAUGCCCAGCAGCUGCCUCGCUAGUUGCCCUUUGUGUACCUGCAUAUGCUUUCUUGAUAUUUUUGAUAGAGUCACUACUGAAAUUAUUUAGCUCUUUAAUUUGUGUUCGAAUGGCUUCGGCUAUAUCAUCCUUCGUUGUGAUUUCGUCCAAGUCGCGAAUUUCAAUUGUUAACUCAUGCGUUAAAGCUCGCUCUGGCUUCCUAAUAUCCCAUCUAUAUCUUUCUGGUACUCUUCGGUACUUCCUGUUUGUGCUCUUCUUAGCUCGAGCAGUAUUUCUUAUCAUCACGAUGUCUUUUCGGUGUGGCUUCUACAGUAUUCAAUAAGGGCUGGUUGUUUAAGCUAGUGCUCUUAAGUUUAUUAUAAUCUUUCUCUGCGCUCGAAUGUAACUUCGCGAUCGCACUUAGAACGUCCCGCAUGGGAUUGUUUAUCGUGUUUAUCGACCGUUGUGGGAGACUCAUCAUACUAAUGAGCUUCUUAAUGUUUUCUCCCAGUUUGGACAUGUGAUCCCGCUCACUUUCUUUUUUUUCCGGUUGUGUCAGGUUUUAUUUUUGCAGCGCGGGUGGGGACGACCUUGCUUGUACAUGUUUUUCCAGAGGCGUUUUCUCUGACGAUCUAACUAGUUUAGGUGCUCGCCUAAAUGGAUCUAUUUCCGUACUUGCAGUUUUAUCUGAUACAAUGGCCAAGUGGUCCACCAUCACAUCAUUGCAGUCGCGGGAUAUCGACGGCCGGGAGCCAGCUUGCUCACCCCCCAAAACCGCCGGCACUGGGACGUUACACCCUGUACCGUAACGUUCAAUUUUUUAACUGUAUUCGCUGCCAUUGUUUUUAUCUUCCGGGAUCCUACCCGUACCAUUUUAUACCUACUGCAAGGUGUUUUGUUCAGCCGCUUCUAAUCUGGAGACAGACGCUCCUGGAGUUUUGUUGGUUUGGCACUUAGUUAUGGGCGGCGUCGAUUCGCCCCAUCACAGUGACUUCAUCAGUCAGAUAUAACCUCUCUGUAGUUUUGGUCGGGGACUGCUUAUUGAAUAUUCGCAGCUAACCUUCAUAUCUGGAGGCCGUUCAGCUAUCCGCCACCUGCUGCAUAUUCACAUGUGUACGCACAUGUAUGAUUGUAUGCUUGCGCAUUAUUUUUGAAGUUAUACUUUUGGUUGGUGACAUAUUCACAUGUGUACGCACGAAUGGGGCAUUAGUUGCACGAAUCGGCGGGGAAAUGCGCUCCUCAAAGCAUUCUCGUUGCUAGACGCUGUACUACUAAAUACCGGCGGAAGAAAUACCUUUGAAAAUAAUGGUCGUGGAUCAAUAAUUGAUAUCACGUUCGCUAGCAGCACACUGGUUAGAACAGCAAAUUGGAAAGUGUGCGACUUCUAUAUUCAUAGUGAUCACCUUGCUAUUAUGUUAGAAAUCGACAAGCGAGUACAAACACUAGCCAGCCGAAAAAAAACACUUAAACAAGGAUGGAAGAUCGAAACGCUGGAUGAGAAAAUCUUUGAAAUCAUGUUGAAGUAGAUCGCCAAGCCGAAAUGAUGGUGAAGCACGUAAGCAACGUCUGUGACGCUGCGAUGUGUAGGAAAGUACAAAGCUCAUACCGAAAAUCUGCAUACUGGUGGAACGCAGAGAUUAGUAGUUAAAGAAGCGAAUGCCAUAGGUCAAGUCGACGCUCACAAAGAAGCUACGGUACUCCAGAGCAUAUAAGGCUGCGCGAAUGCUUCAAAGAAAAAUGAAAGGAGCUCAAGAUGACAAUCAAAAGAAGCAAGUCCACAAGUUUUAAAGAACUAUGUGAGAGGGUAAACGGGAACCCAUGGGGAGAUGCAUAUAAAAUAGUCAUGUCGAAGAUUAGAGGGAGUAGAAGUCAAGCACCAACGUGUCCUAUCCUCCUAGAAAAUGUUGUGAGAACGCUUUUCCCUGCGCAAGAGUUGCAAUCGAGCAGAAGGAUACCUGCGAUGAUGGAAGCUUUAGUCAUUGACGAGAAGGAGAUUAUUGAAGUGGCGGAAAAUUUCGGAAACGCAAAGGCGUCCGGACCGGACGGCAUCCCUGGCACUGAAAAUCGCUACAAAACAUAACGAUAAAAAAUUUACCGAGCUUUAUACACGCUGUCUAAAUGAAGGAGUUUUUCCCAAGAUAUGGAAGAAACAGCGCCUGGCUCUUCUUCAGAAGCCGAACAAACCGGCAGGAGAACCGAAUGCAUACAGACCACUCUGCAUGAUCGACACAAUGGCCAAAAUCUUAGAGAAGUUAAUCUGCAAACGCCUGGGGUAUCACCUAGAAAAUGAGCCUUCUGGACUAUCCGAAAACCAAUUUGGCUUCAGAAGAAACCGAUCCACCAUAGACGCAGUUGGAAAAGUGACAGGAAUUGCGGCGAAAGCCAUAGCGGGCACCAGAUGGAUGUUCGGUGAAAAAAAAUACUGUGCAGUUGUCACACUUGAUGUUAAAAACGCUUUCAACUCGGCAUACUGGCCUCACAUUAUAAGGGCACUGGAGGCGAGAAAUAUACCAAGGUAUCUGUGUCGUAUAAUUAGGAGCUAUCUGUCUGACAGACUGCUAUUCUAUGAUACCGAUGCAGGUCCAAAGAAAUACGUAGUGACAGGGGGAGUACCAUAGGGCUCCGUAUUAGGUCCGUUAUUGUGGAAUGUGCUGUAUGAUGAAGUGCUACGCUUAUCAUUACCAAAAUGGGCCCAGAUAAUUGGAUAUGCUGUAACGAUCGUUGCGAAGGAAUUAUUUCAAAUCCAAAACAUCUGCAAUGAGACUAUUACGCAAGUUAAAGAUUGGCUUACACGAACUAAGCUGCAGCUUGCCGGAGAAAAAACCGAAGCGGUUCUCAUCACGAGCAGAAAAAGACUAGAAACAGUCACUCUGAUUAUUGAUGGUUAUAAUGUAGUAACACAAAACUCGUUACGAUACCUAGGCGUUAUGAUUGAUACUAGACUCAAUUUCAAGGCGCACAUCGAAAAAACGUGUUGUAAAGCGGCUAAAGUGACUGCGUCCUUGGCGAGAAUCAUGGCCAACAUUGGUGGUCCUAGUCAUGAUAGAAGAGCUCUAUUAGCUUAAGUUAGCCAAUCAGCACUGAUGUACGCUGCUUCUAUAUGGGCGAUAGCUCUACGCCAAAAAGCAUGUGCCAAUAAGGCGAAGAAAGUUUCCAGACUAAGUGCCAUGAGAGUUGCCUGCGCGUUUAGAACGGUGUCGCAUGAAGCAGUUAGUAUCAUAGCUGGUAUCAUCCCGCUCGAUAGCUUCGGAGUAUAGCAGAGUCUAUCAAAAAGCAAAAAGCAUGAAUAGGCGCUUUACCGGACGAUGAGCGCAAAAAAGAGAGACAGAUGAGCCUUAACGAGUGGCAAGCGCAAUGGGAUGCGUCAGAAAAAGGAAGAUGGACAAAUAGAUUAAUUAAAAAUGUACCAGCAUGGAGAGACAGAUUUUUAUCUGACCCAGUUCUUAUCGGGUCAUGGCUGUUUCAGGGAGUACCUCCAGAGAUUCGGCCACGAUGACAUCAGUGAAUGUUCCUUCUGCAACAGUGCGGAAGAAAAUGCGGAACAUAUCUUCGUUUCUUGCUCGAGAUAUGUAGUGGAGAGAACCACCGUAGAACGGUUAAUAAACGAAGUAUUGACGCCCGACAACAUAGUGAGUCACAUGUUACAAUCGAGGGUGGUGUGGGCAAAAAUAAAGAAGUAAACCGCUAUAGCGCUCCAAGAACCCAGAAUAAGAGAACGACAGCGGAGAAGUGUAAGAACAGAUGAAUAACCCUGCGGGGAGUGUGUGAGGAGGCAUGUUGGCCCAGCUUGGUCCUGCGAAGUUGUACUUAACGGUGGUUCCGCAGGUCCAAUUACAAGCUAUAGGAGCCGGAGUUAAGGGUUUAGUACGUAGGCAUACUGUCUCGCAAGUCCGACCUAGUGGAUAAAACUGGUUGGGCGUGAUCCGGAAAGAGGUGUACCCUUAGCGGACAAUGUGAAUCGUGCAUACUGUUAACAUACUUUGACAGUAUCUUUGGAAGAAUCCCCCUUCGGAAACAAAAAAAAAAUGUGUACGCACAUGUAUGAUUGUAUUCUUGCGCAUUAUUUUUUUUUCGUUUCUGUUUCAUUUCUGCGAAUUCUCAACUCGUUUAUGUGAAUUUUGGUUGAAAUACUCUGCGUUGGCCGUUGAAAAGUUAAGACUAUACUUCACAGGAUCAUUUCUGUAGUCAGUCUUCAUUUACUUUCUUUGCAAAUCGAAAGUAUUAGCACCUGCGAUGAGGAGGCAUAUCGUUUUAUCUGACAGAGUGAGGUUUAUGAACUUCAUUUCUAAUUUUGUCUUGUGGCAUAUUAGAAAUGAUGUUUUUUCGAAAUUUUCAUUAGAAAUGAUCAAUGGAAGAAAUGAUCCUACGACAAAAGGAGGUACGACUAUUGAUGCGGUAUUCGCGAGAAAUAUAGAUAAAAUAUAUGUAAGACAUUUCAUAUCGUAUUUUAUUUAUCAUAAUCCAAUUAUAAAUAUUAUAGAUACCAAUGCGUCAGAGCCCAGAAAUGAUAAUUGAUUUGUACUUUGCUUUAUAAAAUUUGCAUAAUAAAUUUAUAAAAUGUGAAUUUAAGAAAGUGUUGGUCACUCCACCACAUUUUUAUCCUUUCCCUCUCGCUAGUUUUCUUUGAUAUAAAAUUAUAUGCAUUUCUUGCAAUAUCACUAAGAAGUAUUACUUCUUCCGCACGACUUUUAAAUAUGGUCGUGGAGAAUGGGUUUUUAAAAAAUAAAAAAUCAAUUUAAGUUGCAACGAGCUGACGUUGAUGACAUCCAAGAACAGACUACUUUAUUUAAUGUUAUUCACUUAAAAUCAAGCUUAGUUUAAUUACAAUUUGCUUAUUAAUUAAUUUUAACAUAUUGUAUUUAUGAAAUUGUUGAUUAAGCAUAUUACUGUUGAUUUAGAUAAUUCUUAAGAAAUUUAUUGUCUUUUUCAUUUUCAAUUACUUUAUUUAUUUAACAUUUUAGUAAAAGGCCGGAAAUGGUAUUAUGUUACAAUUUGUUUCAACAGUUCAUCGUACUUAUCAAUUGCACCGUCAGGUGUCUUUACAUAAUUAUUCGUACAUGUAACUACUCCCUUUACAUUAGAAUUCUCCUGAAUUCUUUUAUUUAAUUUUAUUUUUAUAUACUUGUGUUUUUUAAAAAUGAGAGUAGCUAUUAACAAAAUUAUAAUAAUGCUUAAGAUAUUGCAAAUAUAUGAUAUAUUCGUAUGUAUUUUCAAUUUAAAAAUGUUUUCCAUAUUUGAUUUAUGUUCUUCUACUAUUUCCUCAAAAGUUUUUUUUUUUUUAAUUCUGAAUAUCUUUAUAUUUCAAAGUUACAAUAUUUUCUAUAAUUUCUUCGACAAAAUUAGAAAAAUAAUAGUCGUUAAUUUUAAUUGAACAAUUAUUAAAUCUUAUUAAAUAG